AUGUUAUCGAGAAAAAUAUUAAUAAAUGGACAAAAUGCGUGUCGUCGCUACUUGUCAAAUGAGACUGGACUGGCUGGGAAGAGAUUCAUGCAAACGGUUCACUCCACAACUUCAUCAAAACCUGGGUUUUAUUCUGGUUUAAAGUACGGAAACACCGAUGAUUCAACUUCGUCUUCUUCAAAAUGGGCCAAACAUUCACUUAGCAUACCACAAGACCAAAGUACACCGCCAUUGAGAAGAUCCAGGGCGUCUCGUUUCGACAGCAAACAGCUUCCAAAGAUGAAGUCGACUGAUUCAGAAGAUUUGGCAAAACAAGAACACAGCAGUAGUAAUGACAAGUCGACAAUCGUGAUCCCAGAACCCACUUUACCAAAAGUCAACGAAGUUCCAAAAGUAUCUACAGCAUCAUCUACAACAGACCCUACAUCGACCCACACUAAGAAGAAGCCAAGACGUACAUUGAGGCCCCGCAAGGCUCUUAUAACGUUAAGUCCCAGCGCAAUAGAGCAUUUGAAAGGACUACUUGACCAGCCAGAGCCCAAGUUGAUCAGAAUUGGGGUCAAGAACAGAGGUUGCUCUGGAUUGACAUACCACUUGGAGUAUGUCUCCGAACCCGGUAAGUUCGACGAGGUAGUGGAGCAGGAUGGUGUCAAGGUGGUGAUCGACUCGAAAGCUCUUUUCUCCAUUGUUGGGUCGGAAAUGGAAUGGUUGGAUGAUAAAUUGAGCUCCAGGUUCAUUUUCAAGAAUCCAAAUUCUAAGGGAACCUGCGGUUGCGGAGAAUCGUUUAUGGUCUAA